CGGUGGGUGCGCGCCGCUCCACGCACGGAGGAUGAGGCUCGCCGUGGGCGUCCUGCUGGCCGGCGCCGUCCUGGGCCUGUGUCUGGCUGUCCCCGAAAAAACCGUGAGAUGGUGUGCAGUGUCCGAACAUGAGGCCAGUAAGUGUGCCAGCUUCCGGGACAGCAUGAAGACUGUCCUGCCCGUGGAUGGGGUCCACGUCAGCUGUGUGAAGAAAGCCUCCUACCUCGACUGCAUCAAAGCCAUCGCGGCCAACGAGGCGGAUGCCGUGACGCUGGACGCAGGUUUGGUGUACGAGGCAGGGCUGACUCCCAACAACCUGAAGCCUGUGGUGGCAGAAUUCUAUGGGUCAAAAACAGAGCCACAGACUAGCUACUAUGCUGUUGCCUUGGUGAAGAAGGACAGUGGCUUCCAGCUGAACGAGCUUCGAGGCAAGAAGUCCUGCCACACGGGCCUGGGCAGGUCUGCUGGCUGGAACAUCCCCAUGGGCUGGCUUUACUGUGACUUACCUGAGCCACGCAAGCCUCUUGAGAAAGCGGUGGCCAGCUUCUUCUCCGGCAGCUGUGUCCCCUGUGCAGAUGGGAGUUCCUUCCCCCAGCUGUGCCAGCUGUGUCCGGGGUGUGGCUGCUCCUCCCUCCAACCAUACUUUGGCUACUCGGGUGCCUUCAAGUGUCUGCAGGAUGGGGCUGGGGACGUGGCCUUCGUCAAGCACUCGACCGUGUUUGAGCACCUGGCAGAGAAGUCUGAGAGGGACAAGUACGAGCUGCUCUGCCAGGACAACACCCGGAAGCCGGUCGAUGAAUACAAGGACUGCCACUUGGCCCGGGUCCCUUCCCACGCCGUUGUGGCCCGGAGUGUGGGAGGCAAGGAGGACUUGAUCUGGGAGCUUCUCAACCAGGCCCAGGAACAUUUUGGCAAAGGCACAACAAAAGAAUUCCAACUGUUCCAGUCUCCUCACGGGAAGGACCUGCUGUUUAAGGACUCUGCCCAAGGGUUUUUUAAAGUUCCCCCUAGGAUGGACGCCAAAAUGUACCUGGGGUAUGAGUAUGUCACCGCCAUCCGGAAUCUACAAGAAGGCACAUGCCCAGAGACCUCAAAGGACGAGUGCAAGACGGUGAAGUGGUGUGCCCUGAGUCACCACGAAAGGCGCAAGUGUGAUGAGUGGAGUGUCAACAGUGGCGGGAAGGUCGAGUGUGAGUCAGCAGAGACCACCGAAGAAUGCAUCGCCAAGAUCAUGAGCGGAGAAGCUGAUGCCAUGAGCUUGGAUGGAGGGUUUGUCUACGUAGCUGGCAAAUGUGGUCUGGUGCCCGUCGUGGCAGAAAACUACAAAAACACCCCUCAUUGUACGACAGCACCAGUGGAAGGGUAUCUUGCUGUGGCAGUGGUGAAGAAAUCAGCAGAUCCUGACCUCACCUGGAACAAUCUGAAAGGCAGGAAGUCCUGCCACACCGCCGUGGGCAGAACCGCUGGCUGGAACAUCCCCAUGGGCCUCCUCUACAACAAACUCAACCACUGCAGAUUCAAUGAAUUUUUCAGUCAGAGUUGUGCCCCCGGGUCUGAGAAGGAUUCCAAUCUCUGUGAACUGUGUAUGGGUACAGAGCCAAACAAGUGUGAACCCAACAACAAAGAGGGAUAUUACGGCUACACUGGGGCUUUCAGGUGUCUGGUUGAGAAGGGAGAUGUGGCCUUUGUGAAAGAGCAGACUGUCAUGCAGAACACUAAUGGAAAAAACCCUGAUGCAUGGGCUAAAGAUCUGAUGCAAGAAAACUUUGAGUUGCUGUGCCCCGAUGGUAGCAGGAAGCCUGUGACUGAGGCUCAGAGUUGCUACUUGGCCAAAGCCCCAAAUCAUGCUGUGGUCUCACGAAAAGACAAGGCAAAGUGUGUAUUCGAGAUGUUAGAGAAACAGCAGGCUGAGUUCGGAAAUGUAACUGACUGCUCGAAGAAGUUUUGUUUGUUCCAAUCUGAAACCAAGGACCUUCUGUUCAGAGACGACACAGUAUGUUUGGCCGAACUUAAAGACAAAAACACAUAUGAAAAAUACUUGGGAGAAGAAUACGUCACAGCUGUUGAAAACAUGAAAAAAUGCUCAACCUCACCAAUCCUCCUGCCACAGAACUACUACUCCCGUGAUGCUCCUCUCUCCGCGCCUGCGCAGAGGUCAAGGCCACGUCGCUUUGGCGGCGCCGGACCACGCGUCGCAUCCAUGGCUUCUGGGGACUCGCGCCGGGUGGGGGACGGCGGUGCUGGGGUCACCUUCCAGCCUUACCUGGACUCCUUGCGACAGGAGCUGCAGAAGAGCGACCUGACGCUGCUGUCUGUAGUGGUGGCGUGUUUAGUAGUGCUGCUGACACUGGUGUUCUGGAAGUUAAUCCGGAGCAGAGGGAGCAGUCAGAGAGCUGUCCUUCUCGUUGGCCUUUGCGACUCCGGGAAAACGUUGCUCUUUGUCAGGUUGUUAACAGGCCUUUACAGAGACACUCAGACAUCCAUUACUGACAGCUCUGCUGUAUACAGAGUCAACAAUAACAGGGGCAAUAGCCUGACCUUGAUUGACCUCCCCGGCCAUGAGAGCUUGAGGCUUCAGUUCUUAGAACGGUUUAAGUCUUCGGCCAGGGCUGUUGUGUUUGUUGUGGACAGUGCAGCGUUCCAGCGGGAGGUGAAGGAUGUGGCUGAAUUUCUGUACCAGGUGCUCAUCGACAGUAUGAGUCUGAAGAAUACACCGUCAUUCUUAAUAGCCUGCAAUAAGCAAGAUAUUACAAUGGCAAAAUCAGCAAAGCUGAUUCAACAGCAGCUUGAGAAAGAACUGAACACCUUGCGAGUGACCCGUUCCGCUGCCCCCAGCACACUGGACGGCUCCGGCACGGCCCCUGCUCCGCUGGGAAAGAAGGGCAAAGAGUUUGAGUUCUCACAGCUGCCCGUCAAGGUGGAGUUCCUGGAGUGCAGUGCCAAGGGCGGAAGAGGGGACGCUGGCUCUGCCGACAUCCGGGACGUGGAGAAGUGGCUGACCAAGAUCGCCUGAGGGCCGCUCCAGGGCACAAGGCUUGGGGGCUGUCUCGUAGUUUUGGGAAAAGGGCUGUGGUAGUCUGGAGUUGAUAGGGAAGAGGUACAAAGUAUGGCUGGGGACAUUUCCUUGUUCUGGAGACAAAUUACUGUUGAAACCUGCUUGGAAUUUUUUGUUUUGAAGUUCAGUUCUCCCUAUGGCGUCUUUCAAACAAGUCACCUUUAUUUGCCUCUCAUAUCCUCCCUUGGUUAAGGUGUGUGUAACUUGAUAUAGGGUCAAGGCCUUUGGGACAUAGUAAGCAGACUCCACGUAGGAUAUCAGAGAAUCUGGUUGCCACCUGAACAGUUUUCUUAGCCUCUGCUUCUUGGAAACAACCCCGCCCAGUUAUGAAGCCAGUUGCCCCGACGUUCGUGGACAGUGCGUAGUGCAGUCCUCUGUGAAUCUCUUAGAUUUGCAGCCAGUCACAAUACAGUUUUCACAUACGAAGACAGGUGCAAAGCAGCAGGGCGUCUGUUCAUCAUCAGGUCAGUGACGCGUCUACACUCCAGCUUGUCCUGGACCCUCGGAGCUAUUCCCAGAUGACAGAACUGGAAGUGCUAAAGCCUCAAAUGCCAAGGACCUAGCAUGUUCUAGUGGUUAACUGGGGCAUACAUGGAGGUUUAAGCGUUUCUGCCUCUCUGGUGGCUGAGGCUCUGGAGCCACCUUAUGUGCUGCUGGAACAGCUCCUGUUUUGUGCCCAUUUCUAGAAUGCUGUGGACACAAACAAAGUGAAAAAAGUUCUCUGUAGAUUUCUGAAGUGCAUACGCAUUGAUGCUAAAAAAAAACAAGUCUUGCUUUUCGAAGUGAUGUUCUUUGCUGUCUUUGUAAACAUGGCUUUUCUAAGUGAUGAAUACAUUUCUUGGUAAAUAAAGCAACCUGUCUGGCUUAAAGCAACU